CUUGGCUUUUUUUGUUCGUUGUCGUCCCUCCACUAACACCGUCCAUGUUGCCGUCACUGCUGACCGUUAAGUCCCAAACGGUCAGCAGUUAAACCCAUCUCUUUUUUCUUUUUCCACAUAUGCUGCCUCACUCAGCCAGCAGAGCAGCCAUGCUGGUCAGGAUCAACACCCUGCUCCAGGGAUACUCUGGCAUUCGAUUUGAAAUUUUAGAGGCAAUCACAAAGUUCCUCAACCAGAACAUCACUCUAUGCUUGCCACUCCGCGGCACAAUCACCGCCUCCGGCGAUCUCGUUCCCCUGUCCUACAUAGCUGGAUUGCUUACGGGCCGUCCAAAUUCUAAGUCGGUAGGACCCAACGGAGAAACCUGUAAGGGCAGCCACACGAGACAAGACAAGGUGCAGAGCUCAGAGCUAACCACACCUCGACUGCAGAGCUCAAAGCUAACUGCACCUCGGCACUUCGCCGUGGGUGCCACGUGGGUAUGGACGGGCCACGUGGGUGCCUUGCCAAGCGGGACAAAGCCUACAAGAAGAAUCGACUUGAAGCAGGAACUCAAGGAUAUUCAGCAACAACAUUGGCGCCGUCUGUGGGAAACCGAACAAAAGUCAUCACCAGAAGUUAAGAUGGUACGCACACGAACAACCCAGCGCGAGAGUCCCCCCAGAGGCCAAGGAAGAGGCCAGCCCCCAAGCGUCAACCCCGGGUCACAGAGUGCACCGGUUGCAGCCCCCCAACAUCAGCAGACAGAGGGAGUUGGGGAACAUAAUCCACAAUAUCCCAACGCUAUAGCAAGCGACCCUGUGACCGCUCAACUCAAUGCCAUGCAACAACAAUUCGGGGUCUUCCUGCUAGUACUUGCCCAGCUGUUGGCCAGAGAUAACCCCGCUGACCCACUUAUUCACUUAUUGAACCCAGCUCCCCCCGUGGCUCCCCAACCAGUUCAACAGCCUGCCAACUCCCCGGUCCGUAGUGCCGCCCCAAACGCUUCUCAAGCACAAUCUCACAUGCUACCUCAGCCACAAAACCCGCCUCAACCAGCUGCCUCAGAUGUCUCAAAGAGGCUAGAUAACCUAGAAAAGCUGCUAGCCGAGAACAAAGAUCCACAACCGCAGACCCCACCUGUAUCAGCCUCCAUCCCCACUCCCCUCAGUAUCAAAAUCACCCAAGAGCCAUAUCCACCCGGUUUCAGGAUGCCGCAGUUUGAAACAUAUGACGGCACUAAAGACCCUGAUGACCACUUGCAUGCAUUUUUCUCCAUCAUGCAGGCUCAAAAUGCCUCAGACGCACUUAUGUGCAAGAUGUUCCCCUCCACAUUGCGCGGCAAUGCCCGGACCUGGUAUCACACCCUGCGUCCGAACUCAAUUAAUGCGUAUGCCGAGCUGGCCACCCUCUUUGCCACCAAAUUCUCAAGCAGAAGGUUGAUCAAAAAGACGACACCCGAGCUCAUGCGCAUAACGCAAAGAGAAGGCGAAUCCUUGAAGAACUAUAUGAACAGGUUCAACGACGCCAUGCUGGAGGUCAAUGCCUUCGAUGAAGCAGUGGGAAUAACUGCCGUGAUGCAAGGCCUUAACCAUGAUCGGUUUCGGGAUAACUUAAUCAAGAACACCCCAACCACUUUUGACGAAGUCAACCAGAGAUCCCUCAAGUUCAUUAAGGCUGAAGAGUACGUCCUCUCCAAACCCCAGCCCCCCAAAGAAGCUAGAACCCCCACCUGGAGAGACGAAAGCCAGAGCAGGAAGAAGUUCAAACCCACACAGAACCGAGGCCCAAUUCCGGUCCCUAAGCUAGAUAGGCCCUGCUCCAGCACCCCGCAAACGCGGCCUACGCCGCCCUCAUGGACCUCCUUCACAAUUCCGAGGUCGCAAAUUCUCAUGCAAAUCAAGAAUAAGAUGGAGAUGAGGAGACCAAACCCCCUACAGAGCCCAGUGACAAGCAGAGACCACACCAGAUACUGUGACUUUCAUCAAGAUCACGGACAUACCACGGAAGAGUGCAAAAGUUUGAAGUCCGAGCUGGAAAGUUUAGCCCGGAAAGGGAUGUUGAAUGAAUACAUCCAGAGCAGAAAUUUGCCAAAUGCUCCAGACAUAAUGUAUUAUCACUGCUUUGAGAGCCUCGGACUCGACCCCGCCCUCCUGCAAAAGUAUGAUGGGCCCAUCUACGGCUUCAAUAACCAGCCAAUACUCGUGGAAGGAGUGCUGCGACUCAACGUGACGUUCGGCUCCGGACGAACGUAUGUAACACCCUCAGUCAGAUUCCUGGUAGUGAAGAUGUCUUCAUCUUUUAAUCUCGUCAUCGGGAGGCCAACUUUGACCGAGAUUCGAGCUAUAGUGUCCCAGUCCCACCUCUGCAUGAAAUUCCCCACGCCAAUGGGGGUAGCAACCUUGCGAGGCAAUCAAGAGGCGGCCAGGCACUGCUACAUGACCUCCGUCGCGAGGUCACGAAGAAAUAAGGAGGUAGUCCCAUCACCAGAGGCACCCCAACCAGAGGCCCCGAAUACCCAACAGGUAAUGGGUGUAGAGCUGCCAGAUAACAGACCAGAGGAUAACCCAAGAGCCACCCCGGUCGAGGAGGUCGAAGAGGUGCAACUUGAUGAUAAUGACCCAUCCAAGAAGACUCAGAUCGGCACGAAGCGGACUCCCAUAGAAAAAGAAGAACUUGUGGGCUUCCUAAAAGCAAACAAGGAUGUGUUUGCAUGGACUUCGGCUGACAUGCCUGGAAUCCCAACUUCGGUGGCAGUACACAAACUCAGCACUAAUCCUUUGCGGAAGCUAGUAGCACAGAAGAGACGGCUUUUCGGGGGGGAAAGACUCACGGCCAUUAAGGAAGAAGUUAAGAACCUCUUGCAAGCAGGGUUUAUCGGGAGAGUAGAUUACUGCGAAUGGAUUGCCAACCCUGUCAUGGUAAAAAAGUCAAACGGGAAGUGGCGCAUGUGCAUCGAUUAUACCAACCUCAACGACGCCUGCCCUAAAGACUAUCAUCCCAUGCCGAGCAUAGACAAGCUGGUAGAGGCCGCCUCAGGGAAUGAGAGGUUAAGCCUCUUGGAUGCUUACUCGGGGUAUCAUCAAGUCCGCAUGGCAGCCGAGGACAAGGUGAAAACCUCAUUUUAUGCCGGAGAUGAAAUAUACUGCUAUGUGAUGAUGCCGUUUGGGCUCAAGAAUGCAGGGGCAACAUACCAGAAAAUGGUCACAAUCGUGUUUCGGGCUCAAAUUGGCAGGAACCUGGAGGUCUAUGUAGAUGACAUUGUUGUCAAAAGUUCUCAAGCAGAAGACCACUUGACCGACCUGGCCGAGAUGUUCAACAACCUUAGAAGGUGCAGCAUGAAGUUGAAACCAGCAAAGUGCACUUUCGGCGUUGAAUCAGGCAAGUUUCUGGGUUUUAUGGUUUCCAGAAGGGGGAUAGAGGUCAACCCUGAGAAGAUAAAGGCAAUAGAAGAAAUGAAACCGCCGAGGUCAACCAAGGACGUGCAACGCCUGGCAGGGAGAGUAGCAGCACUGCACAGGUUUAUCUCCAAAUCAGCAGAUAAGUGUUUGCCUUUCUUUAAGGUGGCUUUUGACGAGCUCAAAGCCUACCUCGGCUCGCCGCCUUUGCUGACUAAGGCUCAGGAAGGUGAAAUCCUUUAUCUCUACCUCGGAAUAUCUGAUACUGCUGUCAGUUCUGUCUUGGUCAGGGAAGUGGGGAAACAACAGCAACUAGUAUACUACGCCAGUAAGGUGUUGCAGGGGGCUGAGCAGAGGUACUCGAUAGCAGAGAAGGCAGCCCUAACAGUUGUUGUUACUGUAAGGAAGUUGAGGCCAUAUUUCCAAUCCCAUCCUAUUAUUGUGAUGACUGAUCAGCCUCUAAGACAAAUUUUGCAGAAACCAGAAUGCUCCGGGAGGCUCAUCAAAUGGGCAGUAAAGCUGGGAGAGUUUCAGAUAGCAUUCCAGCAGAGGUCGACAAUCCGAGCUCAAACCUUGGCAGAUUUCGUGGUCGAAUGCACUUCUAAUCAGGUGGAGCCAAAUUCUGAAGUAGAAACAUGGACCUUGUAUGUCGAUGGAUCAUCUAAUAACAAGGGUUCAGGAGCUGGAGCAGUGUUAACUGGACCUGACUGCUUCCGGAGUGAACACGCUUUGAAGUUCAACUUCCAGGCCACAAACAACGUGGCCGAGUACGAAGCCCUCCUCCUGGGACUACGUCUGGCGGUCGAGCUCAAAGUCAAACGCCUGCAGAUUUACAAUGACUCACAGCUGGUAGUUAACCAAAUCAAUUCUAUGUGCGAAGUCAUUGAUCCCAUCCUGGCGAAAUAUGUGGUCGCAGUCUCCGAGCUGAAAAACCGUUUCGAGAAAUUCCAGCUUACCAAAAUUCCGAGAGCAGAAAAUGAGCAUGCAGAUUCCUUGUCGAAAUUGGCAUCUGAGAACUUUGGGGAAGCAAAGUCUGUGUACAUCGAGAUACUGAAUGAACCCAGCUUUCAGACGUCGGGGGUAAUGGAGAUUAGCACUGACCUAGAUGCUCCGAGUUGGACAGACCCCAUCCGGGAGUACCUCCUCAAUGGCACCGUCCCGGAGGACAAACAGGAAGAGAUGAAGUUACGAAGAAAAGCCUCUCGGUACACCCUGGUUGGCGACAUUCUGUACAAGAGGUCCUACUCGUUACCACUCCUCAGAUGCCUGACACCAUAUGAAGCAGAGUAUGCACUAAGAGAAGUACACGAGGGGGUAUGCGGUAAUCACGUGGGAGCUCGAACUCUGGCACAUAAGGUACUCCGGCAAGGGUACUAUUGGCCCAACAUGCAAGAAGACGCAAAGAAGUUCGUGCAGAGGUGCCAGAAAUGCCAGUUCUUCGCCCAUUUCACCCAUCAGCCAGCCGAAGAACUCACCAGCCUGACUGCACCAUGGCCCUUUGCUCAAUGGGGAAUAGACCUUCUGGGCCCCUUCGUCAAAGCAGUAGGGGGAGCAACACAUUUAGUGGUCGCCGUUAAUUACUUCACCAAAUGGGUAGAAGCCAAACCUCUCUCUUGUCUGACUUCGAGAAGAAUUGAGGAUUUCCUCUUCAGCUCGGGACUUCUGCUCCAGCUACGGGAUUAAACCCUGGUUGGGUCCGUCGACACAGAUACUGUGUAUUGUUUUGUAUAUAAGUCCGACCAAUUGUCCAGGUAAAGAGUUUCACUCAUUGUUCAUCUACCAAGCAGUGUUUGGGAUUAAAGGUGGUGAAUAUGAGUACUUACAUGUUUCAGAAAACCACCUUGUCCAACUUGACCUUAAGUAUCUGAUAUCCUGAUCCUGCCAAACAUAUAUGUAGUGCAAAGAGUACGUACCCACAAUAAUAUGAUACAAGUACAACCGAAUGGUUUAUAAACGAGAGGGACAAUGAAAAAGAUACUAGUCAGUUUAAAAGAACAAAUACGGAGAUUACCUGACAGAAAUGAGAAAUGUAUAUGAUCCUGACCUGCGCAGAACAGUAAAGGUACCAUAUGGUC